AUUCAUCUGUUGUUCUUAGACACAAAAUGGCAGCAAAUCUGAACAAGCCUGCGGAUUUUCUCGGUAUUGUGAUAAAAUUGUAAUUGUAGCUACUCUAGCCGAUAUACUCACUCUUUUUUUUUUCUUUAAAGAAAAUUUUUUAAACAUUCUUUAAAAUUUUGAAUUUUGAGGUAGCUAUUUUUCCUAAUUGGUUCUGCUUUUAAUUUUAUGACACUUUGACUUUGUAAUUUUGUUUACUAAAAUUUUUUAAAAAUAAUUAUAAACUCUAUACUUAUACAAUUACAAAGUAGCCAAAGUUGUCAUUAAUUAAUUAACAUAAUAUCAGAAAAGUAAGACGAAUCAAUCAGGCUACUACUCAAUUAAUAUUAGUUUUAGUAAUUAGGUUUAGCCUAAGUCAGUGAAGUUAGUAACCUAGCUUUUCAUCCUCUGCUAUUCAAAUAACUUUCUUUUUUUUUUAUUGAUCCAAAUAAAUGGAAAUUCUUUUCAGCACAUAAAUUAUUCUUCCCAAGAAAGCUUAAACACUUUAGUAUAUGAAAAUGAAAAUAAUAUGUAAGCAAACAGAGUUUGAGUUUAUGCAUAGUCGCCAUUGUUCACCCCCAAGCCCAACGUAACAAUGAAGCUCUUGAAAAUAUAAUCUCUAUGACAAUUAUUGCUGAAUAAGAACUCAUGUAAAUAAGAAGGGAAAAGAGCAUUGCUGGUACCAAACUCUAUUCAGUUUGCACUUUGCACAUCCACAUAUUUUCUACAUUCUAUGUGUGGACAGUGGACACCAGAAUCAUUUUGAUCAAAGAAGUUUAGGUGAUGGACUAUAAAAGAAGGUUCAUAGAUUCCACGUUUGAUCUGAUUUAUGUUUGUAUAAGCCGCCCAUCCAUCCGAGACAAUUUGUGAAUCUUGUAGAAUAUACCUCUCUAUGUACUCCUGUAAAGGGAUUGCACGUCUUUCUGGCAGAAACAAGAAAACAAUACCCACCCUUUCUUUCUAUGCCAUCGAAAACCCAGUUGCCCUCGCUCCACUGUCCAUGGUGCUAUUUCUGGUAAAUAGCACUUCAGACCUGAAAAACAUAAAUUUUGAAUAGCAGAAUAGUAUUAAUUAAAUUUCUUAAUCUCCCAGACUAGCUAGUUUUUGUAGCUGUACAGCUGUAGAAACAUGUUCACUAUUGUCUUGAUACAAGUUUUGUAUUAGUUUAUGUAGCCGAUAGGCGAAUGUAAGAUGAAUGGUGGGGAUAGAACUAUUAAUUAAAUGUUUAGAAAUGAACUCUAGAAGCAAAUUAUAUAAAUCAGUUAUUCAUAGUGUUAUUUUUCUGUAUAGACUAUGCUAGGUUAAAACAUAUGCAUUAUAUUUUGAUAUGUUUUAAGAUUUUCAAAUGUUUAUAACUACUGUUUAUAUUUGAAAAUAAUCCAUUUCUGUGUUUAAGAAUAAAAAAAAAUUCACAUUGGUGAAAUAGCAGGCUAUUUAUUAAAUAUUGAUAUACUACACAUUAACAAAAAUUUGUUUUUUUUCCAGCUACACCUAAGGUUUCUAGAGAUGUUGUACUAAUUCCACCAUCAGAAUUUGAAAAACCUAAAAUAUUUCAAGUUAAAGAGCUUGAGAAGAUCAAGCAGCAAAUUGAAGAUUUGCGUCAAGAAAAUGAAAGAUUAAGGUACUAUAAUGUUUUAUGAAUUAGCUUGUGAUAAUUCUUUAUUACCAUAUGCAAUGUCUUAAAAGUUAAAGAUUUCAACUAAUUAAGUUUUCUAACCUUUUUUUAAAAAAAGGAUUUUAACACUUACACUCAUCAGUGUUAUUAUUAUUUGAAUAUAUUAAAAUGAUUUAGAUGAGUUACAUCAUUUUAAAAAUUGUAAAUUUAAGUUUUUAAAAGACUUACCUGUUUUUGUACUUUUCGUUGAAAUAUCUUAUUUGCUAACAAAUUUUUUUUUUCUUUUAAUCAAUUUUAAAGAUCAGUGCAAAGUCAGAGUCAAUCUCAGAUUCAAGUGAGCUCAUGUAACUUAAGUUGAAAAAUAUUGAUUAGAUCCUUAUUAAACUAUAAACAAUUUCAAGUUCAUUGUAAUUAUGAACAUUAAAUCACUCUCACAUUGUUUCAAUGCCUUUAAAAAUAAAUGAUAAAUAAUUACAUUCUAAAUUUCAACAUUAUUUAAAACUAAUCUUUACCAGCAUCAACAGUUGAACAUGUCAAACGCAUUCAAAUUUUUUGAAAUUUUCAGGUACCUUCUUUUUCAUUGCCUCAUAACGAAUAUGCAGAUGAAUUGAUAAAAAGGCAAGGUGGCGAAAUAGCAGAGCUGAAAUCUGAACUCAUUAAAUGUCGACAGGCUUAUAAACAAUAAAUUUUCAGGUACCUUCUUUUUCAUUGCCUCAUAACGAAUAUGCAGAUGAAUUGAUAAAAAGGCAAGGUGGCGAAAUAGCAGAGCUGAAAUCUGAACUCAUUAAAUGUCGACAGGCUUAUAAACAAGAGGUGGGUGAAUGGAAUAGAAAAGUUGAAUUUAUGGAAGAAGAACACCGUCAUGAAUUAAAAAGAUUGGAGAAGGAAUGGGAAAGAAAAGAAGAUGAAUUUGAACAAAGAGUAAGUAUUGCAAAAUUUAAUAUCAAAUGUUCUACCAAAACUAAAAGUCUCCAAGUAAUGGAAAUGUAUGCCAAUGUAAUAUUAUGAAAUUUGAUUUUCUAAAUGUUUACUAAAUCUUUAGGGAUUGAUAAAUCAAAAUAUUAAAAAAAUCUUAACAUUUAUGAAAUUAAUAAAGAAAAAGACGUUAUGAGCCCUUUUUCAGAAUGUUCUAUUUGCUGAUUUUAAUAUUUCAAGUAUGCAAGAAUUAGCAGUGAGCUUCAAAGGACAUUAGAAGAUACAGAAACUGAGACAUCAGUUUUAAAUGAUAAACUUGAAAAGACCAGAACAGCUCUAAGCAACAGAGUUAAGGAGUUGGAAGAUACUCUCAAUGUUGUUCAAAGGGAGAGUGAAAGGACAUUAAAUCAGCAGGACGUUGAACUCAGGUACAUGUCAUAUAUAUAUAUUUCAUCAGUCGAAAUCAAUUAGGACCGCCUUAAUCAUCAGGUACAUGUCACAUGGGUUAUUGAAUGACAGAUUUGAUAUAUAUUGGGGAUACUGAUUAACAAAGGUAAUAUAUAAUUAUUUUUUGGAAUAACUGUUAAUAAUGCAUUUCACUGAAGUAUAUCUAGGCCAUAAUCUUAAUCGUGGUAGUAUAACUUGAUAAAAAAUUUACAUCUACCACUUUUUCCACCCCUGAGGCCAUCUUAAUUCCUAUUUGAUGUUUCUAAGCUCAACUCCAAUAAGAUUAGUAGGUCUAAUUAAAACAGACCUAAUAAUAUAAUUUAAGAAAAUAAAAAGUAUACUUUCAAUCUUUUCCACCCCUGAGGCCAUCUUAAUUCCUAUUUGAUGUUUCUAAGCUCAACUCCAAUAAGAUUAGUAGGUCUAAUUAAAACAGACCUAAUAAUAUAAUUUAAGAAAAUAAAAAGUAUACUUUCAAUCUGAACAAUUUCUUUCCUUUCAAUUCCUGUUAAUGUCAUCCAAUCCAUGUUUACAUAAGGAUUGACCAACCAUACAAAGCCAAACAAUAGCCACGACCAAUGAUAUGAAAGCUGAACAAGCCAGUUGCUCUUUUCUCCUCUUAAAUAUAAAGGUGUUUUUUUCUAGUUUGUUGUAAACUGUCAUGCCUCACAUAACUCACUGAAGAUGUUAAUGUCUUGAGCUUGUCAAUGUUCAAUUUCCUGCAUGAAGGAACAAAUCUAGAAUCAUUGAGGAUCAGGCCCACCAGAUUUCCAAAUUAAAGACCUACAUUGGAGAAGCAGAGCAAACUCACAAGCCUGCCCAUGUGUGGAGGGUGGAAAAAGAAACUGUGGAGAACAAGUUGAAAAUCGCAAGAGCAGAAAAUGAGAAACUGCAAUCAGAAUUGGAACUAAUGGAUGUGCGAUUUAAAGCACUGAGUGACAUACUUGCAGUUCAAGAGGCUGAACUAAGCAAAGUUAGCAAGCAAACAAUGAAAUUCUCUACUAAACAUAAGCUGUUAAGACAAUUAAGAAAAUUAUUUGCUAGCUUGCUAAAGCUUUAAUUGCUCAUUUAAAAGAGUUUAAGUUUAAGAUACAGUUAAAGUUGAUUUGAUAUCUAUUUCAGAAUAUAAUGUUUUAAACAAUACCAUUUGAAGUAUUUUCCUUUAUUGUUUUACUUUAUAUAUAUCAUAUAUAUAUAUAGUUACAUUCUCUAUGCUUCUUAGGUGCUCAAAUUCAUUCUUAAAUAAAAUUUCACACCCCUAACUGAUUUGAAUUGUGAUGACAUCUCCUGUUUAGAUGUCAAAGCCUUAGUCAUAAAUAUAUUUUGUAAUUUUAACUAGUUUUUGAGGUUUUUUUCAUUUUCAGCCCAAUACAGAAGGACUUGGUUUAUCAAAGCAGCAGAAUCUUUUGAUAACCAGGUUAGUAAUAUUUGUAUUUUAUUUUCAUUCCUGCUUUUUAGUAUUUAUCUCUUUUUUUUUCAAUUAAAAGACAUUUUUAGGAGGUUUCUAAAUUAUAAUUAGUAAUAUAGUAAUAUAUAUUUUUUUUAAGAUGGAGAGAAAAGGUUUUUAGUCUUCUAGUGCAGCAAAAAUCUUCUGAAAUUGUGCACAAGAAUGAUGUGAAUAACUUAAACCAAAAGGUGAGUUUUGAAAUGUGACACUUUAUAAAAUAUUUUAAAGCCAUUCUUUGCAAAUUUAUAUUAUUUUUUUUAAAGAGAAUAUAGAACUAAUGCCUUUUAAGUUGUCACUCUUAACGGUAUUUUAAAAAACAUGUUUUUAGUCUAGAUUGUAUUUCAGUUUUUCAAUCAUUGAACAUUUUGUUGGAGAUUUAGUUAUCACUUUUUCCUUAUAAAAUGGACUUUGUUUAAAUUAGAAUUUUAUUUUUUUAUUCAGCGAUGCAAAAUGUUACUUGAAAAAAUUUGAACCUUAACUCUUCUCUUUUAAAUUGAAAGCCUUAUUUAAAGAAGCAUUAUUUAAAAUGCAUUUUUUGGGGGGGUAUUUUUACAAAAGUUAUAAAUUAAAAACAGUUAUAUGGAAAAUUAUAUAUGUGUAAUGAAAAAAAUCGCUCUAUAAUUAAUAGCUUUGGAAUCAUAUUCAAAAUCUUGCAUCUUUUCAAAUAAAUUAAGCCGUAUGAAAAAUAAUUUAGAAUAAUAUCUUUAACAAAUAGAUCUAAUUCAAGUAAAAAAAAAUUAUUUUUUAAAUUGAAAAAUUAGAUUAGAGAUUUAACAGACAAACUGGCUGCCAGUGAUGCUAAUGUUGAAGUAUUCAAGCUUUCUUUAGUAGAUAAAUCUGCCCAACUUCAGAUGGAAAGAAAUAGCAAAGAGGUAAAAUGUAUAUUUUAAACUUCCUGUAAUAUAAAGAAACUUUAUUUAUCUGGAUGUUGAAUGUAAUUUGUCUUGAUUGGAAUUAAAACUUAAUCAUUAUAACUAUCUUUAUUUCCUCAGCGACUGCAGCAGGAGUUGGAUCAUUUAAAUAAAGUUGCCAUUUGUUUAGAUGACCAGUCUAGGGACAGCCUGGACAGUGUGAAAGGCCUUACAGAAUUCAUAGAAAGGUUCUUAUUCCUAAUGAUAAUACUUGACAUUAUUGUUUCAAUGUUUUUCAUUUUUAUAUUCAGUUAUAUCUUUUUUUCUAUCAAUUCCUAGAUAGGAGACACCUUGACAAAACACUUAAAAUAAAUAAAUAUUUCUUAAGUAUGUCCAGUUUGGGGGGGGGGUGUAUGGGGAGCUACUAGAGCAAAGGUGGGGAACUUUUUUUCUGCCAAGGGUCAUUUGGAUAUUUAAAGCAUCAUUCGCUGACCAUAAAUAAAUCAGGGCUGGCGCCCUAGUGACUGUCUCAGGCAUGGAAUCCCCGCACAUCUCAGCAUUCUCAGGGUGAUGUAAUUUUCAUGGAAUGAAUUUAACUCAUGAUCUUGCGGGUCCUUGCUUGUCCUUCAAAAUUUAUGUUAUUUUUAUGAUUGACUAAAUACAAAUUAAUGUUAGUAUGAAAAAAAACUCCAAUAUUUAUUGGGUUCUAAAUUCCACCGACAGGCCAAACCAAACGAUCUCACUGGCUUUUUGUGGCCCACGGGCUGGAUGUUCCCAAGCCCUGCACUAGAGGAAUAGAUUAUCUGAGUGGACAGGGAUAAUGACUGAGAAUAAAGAUUAUAUUAUGGCACUAUGGAGACAUUGGUUGAGAUGGUAUUUUUCUUGGGGUUUGGAAGCCUUUAAGGGAGUGAGGGUUAAUGGAUGGGUUCUUUGGCAGGAGUGGAUAUUGUACUAGUUCAUGCAAAACUACUCCGUGCGCUAACCCAGAUUAACCUAAUGGAACACUAAUUAAAGUAUGUACAUCCAGUAAAUGGCUUAAAUGAGCCGAUAUGGGAAAUAGUGAUAUUGGAAUAGUGAGAUGGUAUUUUGUGGGCAGGGGUAGUUGUUGGGGGAUGUGCAAGAAGGGUUGGGGUUGUUUUUUUUUUGGUUAUAUUUUAAUUUUAUUAAUAAUUUUUUUCGACCGGUUUAAAGGCAGUGGAUUCUUAAGGGAAAAAGGGACAUUUAUUUUUUUUAGUAGAUGGUGAAUGGGUGUGGAGGAAAGGCGUUUGGAGGAAGGUGACGGGUGUGUGGGGGAAAGGAUUUUGGAGGAUGGUGAGGGGUGUGUGGGGGAAAGGAAUUGGGUGGAUGGUGGGUUAUGAUUGAGUGAAGAUUCAGAAUUGACAGAACAGUAAGCUGUUGAGGGCUGCUUAGCUGAAACAUACAAUAUUUUAUAUUGACCGUCCUCGGGUUUUUAUUUAACCUGUGCAUAUUUCUUUUUACUGUAACAUGUAGAUUGUUGUGCCUAAAAUUAUACCUUGGCAACACCAAAUGAACCUUUUUUUUACUUAGUCAAAACUUAGCAUCUGGUAUUGAUUCUUUUUUUUUUUUUUUUUUUUUUUUUUUUUUUUUUUUUUUUUUUUUUAGGAACAUGUUUUUCUUAAGAUGUCUCUACGACAUCCCAUUGAUCCAUGAUGUUUGUUCUGGCAUAAAAAACAUGUUCUUCUAAAGAAGUCUCUAAUACAUCACACUGAUCAAUGAUGUNUGGAUCUUUUGAAAGGUAAUAAUAAAAAUCAAUGGAAGAAUGGGGGCAUUAAAUUUAAUUUACUUAAUACUAAAUUUGACACUAGAAAUUUGCUUUCUUUUUUUUUUACUGUCAUUGCAACUUGUUUUUUUUCUAAAAUUAAAUUAUGUUAAUUGUCUUUACAUUUUUUUUUUUAAAGCCCAGAUAAUUAGAAAAUCUGCAAUUGAUUUUAGUUAUGAUAAAUCAAGCUCAGCUUCAAUAUUACACUGUAAGGAAAAAGUAGAAUCCAAGUAAGUGUUGUUUUAUUAAAGAAUCCUGAAACAAAAUAAACAUUUCAUGUAACUUUGUAUAUAGGACAUGUUAACACAUUUUUUCUUGAAAAUUAAAACAUUUUUAAGUCCUGAGGUCUUACAGUAAAACAUUUCAACUUUAAACUUAUGAUAGCACUAAUAUUUUAAUAAAUGUGACCAGUGUUUCUUUCAGAAAUUUUCGCCCAGGGGAGCACUUCAGAUUUUUUUAUGGGGGGGCAGUGCCAGCAGUUCCAGUUGAUUUAUUGGUGGAUAUAUAUUUUUGCUGGGGGGGGGGCACUUGGCUUCCGGGUGGGGGGGGGGGGCAGUGCGCACUGCCCCCUGGAGAUAUAGCAGAAAGAAACCCUGAAUGUGACAUAGUCUGUUGUUUUUUUUUUCAUUCUACAUUAUCAUUAAAGACAUAUUUUGAAUUAAUGAAUUAAUAUUGGGGACAAAAAAAAGAGUUAAAAAUAAUUAUUUUUGCUCAUUAUCUUUUUUUUUUUUAUCACAAUUUUUUUUUUAAAUUUGUGUUGCCAAUUUUUUCUCAAGUAUGUAUGGAUAAAGAAAUUAACAGCUCACAUCUUUAUUAUAUUUCAAAAGCUCUCAUUUGUUUCAUACUUAGGCCUACCUUAUUAUUAAAUUUUUUUUAUAUUAAAUUUUUUUUGAUUAUAUACAUAAUCAUCCUAAUCUAUACUCUACAGUAUUGAUGAUGACCAUUUGCAGCAUGAGUUAGAGAAAGUUAUGAAAGAAAGAGAUUCACUAGCCUACCAAGUGAGGCAGGAUUCAACCACAUGGACAGAGAGGCUGUCAGAGUUAAAAUCUAUCUGUAAGAAACCCCAGGUUGAAACACUUGCCAAAAUUAUCUAAAAAUGUUAAACACAAAAUGAACAAACCUUAGUGACAUAAUUGGAUUUAAUGUAUAUUUUAAUUAAUCUUAUCAGUUGUGAAUAAUAUUUAAAAAAAUUGUCAAUAUUUUAAAAUAAAUGUUUAUUAAAUCAGUUUUUGAAAAUUUAUUUUUACAGUUUUAUUAGCUGGGUUUAGAAGGAGGAUACAGAUAAUUGUUAACACAAUGAUCACAUAAUCCCUGCUUUUAGAUAUCACAGAGAUUGCAGCUCUUAAGAAAACUGUUGAAGAUCUAGAAUUUGAUGUACAAGAGAAGUCAAAGGUAAAACAUCAUAAGAUUAAUCUGAAGUAGCAAUCAAAGCUUUUCAUUCCAAAUUGUUAUCUGUCUAAAUCAACUACCUGUUUUGUUUUUUAAGUUAACCCUUUAUUUUUUUCAUCCUCGUUAAAAAACAUUACCUGCAUUUUGGAAAAUAACGACAGGCUUAAAUCUUGUCUGAACCCGGAAAAUUGACAAUGAGAAUACCACAUGCUUUACACACAAUGAAAUGUUCUUUAAACUAAUAUUUUUCUAUCUCCAGAAAUGUGCACAGCUGAAAGAAGAAUUAGAAUUUCAGAAGGAAGAAAUAAAGGAAAAAAGUGAAACAAUACAGAACCUUAAGACCGAGUUAAACAAAUAUGCUAAAGGUGUAGAUAAUGGUAACAAACAUUUUCUUUUUUAACAAAGCAAAAGUAUGUAGAUCCCAUGGGCAUCAUUUUAUAUGUCCCCCAUGUGAUGUAUUCCCUCAAUAAUAAAAUAGCAUUUUAGUUAUUUUUAUCUUUAGCCUUAACAAUUACCAACAGACCAAUUUUGUUAAGAAAAACCAUUCCUAUACAUUAGGAAUUAAUGUGUGUUUUUCUUAACAAAAAUCAAAUAAGCCAUAUUUUAAAGUUAUUUAUCUUUAGUCCUUGCUGAGCAUAGAUUGCAAGACGAAGCAGCGUGGAAUACAAAGAUUGCUGCAUUAGAGAGAAAACUAAAUGACUCAAAGAGGGAGCAUGCUAAAGCUGGUAAUAUUAUUUUAUGAUAACAAGAGAAAUUUUAAAUCUAUUUAAAAUUUCAUUAAAAUUUUUUUAGGAUAAGCACAUAUUUUCAUCUAAAAAUUGAAAUUCUCUUGUACAAUAAUGGUCUAAUGGUUCUAAUGGUCUAGAAUGUUUUGCAUUUUUAAACCUGCAGUUAUUUCAAUGCGACAAAUGGAGCGUAAUCAUUCAAGAGAGUUAGAAAGGGCUCAGGAUCUCCUUCAGACAACUGAGGAACAUUUGAACAAGCAGCUGAAGCAGAUUCAAAAUGAACUUUUAAGGGUAGAGAAAGAAAGAAAUUUGAUGAUGGUGAGUAUUAUUUCAUUAAGAAAUUUUUAUUUUUUCUCCGGAUGUGAAAUACUAUUCAGAAAAACUUUAAAAAUUCAUUAAAAAUGUUUAAUAAGUAUUUUUUACUAUUAUGUGGUCUCAAGAAAUAAAUAUAUAUAAAUAUAUAAUCGCAAAUGAUAGCUGUAUUUUUUUUCUAUAGUGGAUAGAAACACAUUUAAAAUCAUUAAUUUAUUAAUAGUUAUUUUUUUAUGAUAAAAGAAAUCCAAUGUUAUUUUUUAAAAUGUAAAAUAAUUUCACAUUCAAUAUUUUUGAAAGGCUACAUUAAGACAAGAAGGCUUAAUCAGCAACCUAAAAAGUGAGAGAGGCGACCCCAUAAAGCUUUCAUUCGGAGCAGAAGACCAAGUUUUCUUGUAAAAUAAUUUCACAUUCAAUAUUUUUGAAAGGCUACAUUAAGACAAGAAGGCUUAAUCAGCAACCUAAAAAGUGAGAGAGGCGACCCCAUAAAGCUUUCAUUCGGAGCAGAAGACCAAGUUUUCCUCUUAAGUAAUAACAAUUUUAAUACCUGUACAAAUACAGAGCCUCAUAAACUGGAGUCAUUAAUGCAAAGAUCUGAUAAAGAAGGUGAUAAUGUGAUGCUUGAGGAUAUAGAAAAAGUUAACCACAAAAAAGUCUGGCAUCAUGAAGAGUCUCAUAGAAAUAAUCAAGGUCAGCCAACAUUUUAAUAAAGAUAGGUAAAAUGUAAUUUCAGAAUGUUAGAGCCUCGAAAUUGCACAAUAGUUUCUGGUAAAAAAUUUUAAAAACAUAUUCAUGGAUAAAGGUCACUUUAAAAUUAUCUAUAGGCUUAAAGCUUCAUUUUGACUAAUAUUGAACUGCUUGUUAGAGAUUAACAAACAUUCAUUGAGAAAGUUUUCAAUAUUUUUUGCUGGUGGUGUUUUAUUGGGGAAUUUAAUUUUGUCAAACAUAAAAUAUAUUAAAUCUAUUCAUAUUUAGGAUAUUUAACCAAGUAAAAAUAAAAAAUGAAAAUUUUAUUAAAAAUUACAACAUUUGAAAGGAUCGUAUAAAUAUAAGUUAAUUGUUGUACAGAAAUAUUACUUCUAUGAAAUAUACUUUAAAAUGUUUACUUUGUUUUAUUAGUGAAAUAAAUUGAAUGAAUCAGAAUAUAAAAAUUUAGAUUUUUUUUACCUCCCCAGAAGCAAUGGAAGAUGUUCUAGAAGAUCUAAAAUCUUUAACUGUUGCUAUAUUUGAUGAAAAUGAUGAGGAUUCAAGUGAUUCAUAAUCAGAGCAUUAAAAAUUAUCUGCUGUGGCUAUAAAAUUAAAAUAUUAAAAUUGAUCAAAGCAUGUAAUAAAAUAU